UGCAUGCAGAUUCUAAGGAGGUCCGAGAAAAGCUACGAGAUCUGAGCCUCGCCUUGGUGGGGUAUGCCUCCAAAAGUGACCUGUCCAUCAGCCAUUUGGUUAAAUGCCUCAAUGACUCAAGGAUGGCCAUUUAAGAGUUUUCACGUGGCUAGUAUGGAAGUCCUUGAUCAGCCUGAUGCCCAUGCCUCUGUGAAAGAUUUAGAUUUCAGGGCUGAUGAAUGGAAUGUCAACAAAUGGGCAUGGGAAGGGGCAUUAAAAGUAAUCAGCAGAGGGGAGGAGUGCAUUAUCAAGCUUGAAGAUAAGACCACAGGAGAGCUUUAUGCUCGAGCAUUUCUGAGAAAUGGGGAGCCACAUCCGGAGGAGCCUGUGAUUGACAGCAGCAGGUUUGGUUCCGUUUGUUAUUGGAACUAGGGUUAGUCUAUGAUAUCUCAAUACUCAGUCAGAUGGGAAAAUUACAGUUUCCUCAAUUAUGUGUUUGCCUUAAGUUCAAAUUACUGAUAUUGUAAUAGGGUAUGAGUUUUCAUCUCUGGUUACUUUGAUGCUGCUUUUGUAUUUGGUUACAAUCCACCUCAGGUUGGUUUGUCAUUUGCAAAUGGCAUACGUGUUUGUUGAUUGAAAUGGUCUCUUGUACGAUUCUAGUAUACUUUUCAAGAGAUUAGACAAAGAAAUUAGUGUUGUCCUUGUUUUGUAUUCACAUUUGGUAUGAGUUGAGUCAUUGAUUUAAUACAUUAUGAAUGAAGUUUACAUUGGUUUCUUUCACAAACAAAUUGAAUGAAUUUUUAGUAGAUUUAAAUUCAUAACAUCACUGGUAUAGUUUGGAUUCAUGCCGACUUUUUUAGCAGCUGUUGUUUUUCUUUUUUAAAUCAAGUUUUUCACAGUUGCAUGUACUACAGAAUUCAGAACUACUAGUGAUCCUUCAAAGUAUGAUAGUUAAGGAGUAACUUCUAUUUCCUGAUUUGAUAUACAUGAAUGCUAAAUGCACUGUAGGAGAUAUGGAUGGUCUUGACUGAUAUACAUGAAUGCUAAAUGCACCAUUUAAGAAACAGUGAAUAGCAUAUGUACAACUAUGCUAUUUUGAAGGAUAACAAAAGUCACAUCCUUUAUUUAUUUUUUUAUUUGAAUGCAAUAGUUGUGAUUUUGUACAUUCACUUGAUUGAAUCUGAAAUGGAUUUUUGUCUUUUUCAGUCUUGAUGCACAUGGUGUUUCAAAAGGUUGUGCUGUUAACAAUUACAAUCAAUUUACUUAUUUUCAUUUCCUUGUUUCAUAGAUUGUUGUUCACAAGAGUAGCCGAAGAGGGACACACUUUCGACGUGCCGGGCCUCGCCAAAAGGUGUUGUUUAUCCCAACAUGCAUGUAGUUGGAAACCCUGAAACAUCAUAUAAACGUUACUCACUUCGCCAAAAGGU